UUCUUGUCAAGAAAAAAAUUGACUAUAGAAAUUAGUCAAAUUACAGAUUAAACGGCAGCUGCCGCAGCAGUAGUAGUUGAGCUAAAUAUGGCUAACCGGUGCGCGUCUUUAAUAAAUUUAUCUCUGGCCCCAAUGCUUCUCUGAUCUGCUUGGGCUCCUUUCCUUCUCUCUAAUGGCAGGAUCUUUGUCGCUUCUCAAGCGCCUGUACCUCUCCAUCUACAACUGGACAGCAUUCGUUGGCUGGCUUCAGGUAUUGUUUUUGGCAGUAAAGACUCUCAAGGAAUCUGGUCAUGAACGAGUCUACAGUGCCGUGGAAAGGCCUCUAUUAUGGGCUCAAACCGCCGCCGUUUUGGAGAUUAUUCAUGGUCUUGUGGGAUUGGUGAGGUCUCCUAUAACAGCUACACUGCCACAAAUAGGUUCUAGAUUGUAUGUAGCAUGGGGUAUUCUUUGGAGUUUCCCUCAGGUCCAGACCCACUUUGUUGUUAGCUCUUUGGUUAUCAGCUGGUCCAUAACGGAGAUUAUUAGCUAUUCAUUCUUUGGAAUUAAGGAGGCACUUGGUUUUGCACCAUCAUGGCUCUUAUGGCUUAGGUAUAGUUCAUUUUUGUUGCUGUAUAUAACUGGCAUCUCCAGCGAAGUUGGUUUAAUAUAUCUUGCCCUGCCUUACAUGAAGGAAUCCGGAAAGUAUAGUUUAAGGAUGCCCAACAAAUGGAACUUCUCUUUUGAUUACUUCUACUUUGCAUUUCUCGUUCUCGGAAUCUAUGUCCCAGGGAGUCCUCACAUGUAUGGCUACAUGCUUGGGCAAAGGAAGAGAGCCCUUUCAAAAUCCAAACGGGAAUGAGGGUGGCAACGAUAUGCUCUAUUCAAAAUCUCUUUUGUUUUACAGCAAUUUCUUGUGACAAGAGUUUAUGAUUCUGUGAUUUGGACUACAAUUUUUACAAUGUCUUGAAGUGAACAUCCAAAACGACUCUGCA